AUGAACAUUGCCAAAAUGUGCCGUUUUUUGCACCUCACGAUUUUUCUUUAUAUAACCUUCUUCUCAUUUAACAUUUUUGCGCUUGAAUGUAAUCCCGGUAUAAAUAAACAACAGAAUGACGAAGCUGAUAAAUUUUGUGCCGGUAAAGAGGGUUCGGGUUAUGUGUGCGCAAAUACAGAUCCGGGUAAAAACACCUGCGUUUAUGCUUGUCAUUCAGAUACUGAUUGCAAAAUAAAGAAAUGUGACAAAACAACAGCUUUUGAUCGACCACAUUGGUUGUGUUCAUGUAACAAAUAUAGUGAAUGUUAUGGAAUAACAGGGUAUUGUAGUGGUGGACAUUGUCAUUAA